AGCAGCACAUAGUAAUGAAUUGUUUUGCAAUAGCUGCAGAUCAGACUUAGGUUUCCUUUCACCCCUGAUGGAUGGACAUUUAAAGGCAACUAUGAAACCUGUUGAUGACGUAAGGGAAACUAUUUGUCUAUCGAUGUAGGAAGACUAAUUUUAACUUCUGGGUGGUUAGAGCAGAAGCUGUUAUAGUGUCGUGGUGUUACACAGUGUACAGGGAUGGAUGUCAUCGUCAAAGAGGGGAUGCUAUACCUCCAGGGGGCCAAGUUUGGAAAAAAAACAUGGAGGAAAGUAUGGACGGUUCUCUUUAAACCCAGCUCCACAGGGGUUGGUCGCUUGGAGCUGUGUAAUAUUUGUGACAGUCCCAUGACCGACCAGAAGAAGGCUGGACGGCUCAAACCACCAGAGAGAAAGGUGGUGCGUUUAAGUGACUGCCUGAGCAUCACCUCUGCCCCAAAAGAGUCAUGCCCAUCUCAGUGCACAGCCUUUUAUUUGAACACCACAAUAUGCACUUACACUCUGGCCUCCGACACAAGCCAGGACUGGAUAAGUGCCCUCUGUCUCCUAGCUUUUCAGAAGGAUCCUGGAGAAUCAAGCAAAGGGGAUUUCAACAGAGGAAAUAGCUUGACCAUGGAGGAGAAUGAUCUUUACUCAUCUUGGAAAACUGACACUGACCUUCCUCCAAAUAUCUACAAAGUUACUGUGCAGAGCACAGAGGCUUCAAGGAGGUGCAAGUUAUCUGGGGACUUUCUGAUCUCUCCAGACAGUGAGGCUGUGAUGCUGCUGGAUGUCAGCAGCAGUUGCAUCAUCUACCGCUGGCCAUACAGGAUGUUACGAAAAUUUGGUCAGGUUGAGGGGGGAUUCAGUAUUGAAGCAGGCCGACGCUGUGAGUCAGGACAAGGACUGUUUAUCUUCCUAUCCAGACAAAGUCCAGAGAUCUUUCAGUUUAUAUCCAGCCAGUGCCUUCAGAAGAAGUCCAUGAUGGAGCAGCUCAAUGUCCACAGGCGAUCAUUAUCUGACCAGUCUCUUGUCCCAUUACCAAAAACAACCAAACAACCAGCCACACCCCCAGCCUGCACACCUGCAGAUGUUUCUGCUGCGUCAGAGGAUGAGUCUGCCAACCACUAUUCCACUAUAGAAGACUCUGUCAAGUGUAAUUGGUCAUCUCUUGUCAGAGCUCCUCUCAGCAACAGCAGGGAGGCUGUGGGAGCGGAGAGUGAGGGAGAAGAUGAAAGGUGUCAGUCUCUAGAGGCAGAGGAUGUGGAUAAUGCCGUAGAGGACAGCAUUUAUUACAACCUGCAAAGAGCCGUGCCACUGAGGAUGAAAGAUCAGUUUAAACCUGAGCUGGAGGGUUCACAGUGCAUCUAUUCAUGUCUGAACUUUGGUGAGUCUUCCUUAAACCCUCCGCUGCAGCCUUCGUCCUCAGCCUUCCCUCCUCCUCCUUCCUGUACCCUUUCCUAUCCUCUACCCAAACCACGACUCCAGCCUCCUGUGAGUAACUCCGUCCGACCAGGGUACAAUGCAGUGGAUAACAUGAAGGAGAUUGAGGAGGCCAUCAGCUCCUCUUGCAAUGUUACCCCCACAGAGACCCCUGGCAGUUUUAAACACAGGCUGGCGGCCAUCAUUUCUAAGGACCUGGCAAAGCUCCAGCCACCCCUUCCCCCUGGAGCAGGCAGUCUCACAUUUUCUCAGUAGGCUAUUAUUUAACCGACAGAAUAGAAUGAAUUAUUUUAACUAUGAUGGGUUGUCAGUGUGCAUAAUUAGUUCAUUUAUUUCUUUUAAAUUCCCACCUCUGUGGUUAGGGAUCAGAGGAGGUUUGCAGAUGUUUAUCUGUGCAUGUCCUCUCAUGAAGAACACUUUCAGCAGCUUUAUUUUUGGAUUAUUUUCCCAAAAAGACCAUUUAGUGAGUGCUGUCACCCUCUGAUGGAAUGUCAUGUGUGGACUUUGAUAAGCACCAGGCUGCUGAGAUGUGGCUACAGUAGCUGCAAUAGACAUUUACUCAUAGGAACCAGUCAGAUGGUUUUUUCUUUCAUAUUGUCUAUAACAGGGAUAUCAAACUCAUUUUAGUUCAGGGGCCACAUUCAGCCCAAUAUGACCUGAAGUGGGCUGGACCAGUAAAAAAAAUAACAGAGGAAAAAGGUAUAAUUACAGUAGAAUAAUGUUUACAACUACAAAGUUUAAUUAAAAAUAUGAUUAACAUGAACAACCUGAAAUGUCUUUAGAAAUUUAAGUGCGGUUUUAAGAAUAUCUGUUCAUCAUUUAUACCUAUAAAUUACAACUUAGAGAUCACAGUGGAUCUACAAAGACACAAAACAUUAGUAAGAAGCAGAAUAUUGGUAAAAUUACACUGA